GUCAGUCACCGGGUCCCAACCAGUGAUUACCCGCCGGUGCCCGGUGAUUACCGGCGAUCACCAACUGGGAGGAAGAUUGUUUUGUGUCUACAAACAAUCUUCCUUCCUGACAGGUCGAGCACACUGCUCGGGAUGGCUGUGCACAGUACAACCAUCCCGAUCAGUGUGCUUACAGUGAAGAACACCCCCUGACCCCCUAGUAAAACACUCCCAGCACACAGUUAACCCUUUGAUUGCCCCUCACAUUAACCCCGUCCUGCCCAGUGCCAUUAGUACAGUGUCAGUGCUUUUUUUUAGCACUGAUCACUGUAUUGGUGUCACUGGGGUGUCAGUGACACCAAGUUAGUUCCUCCCAGUUUCAGAAUGUCCACCGCAGUUCCACUAA